GAGAUCGGACGGCAUGGGCUGGAGCCUGGCGGCCUGGCGGCGGUGUCUGCGGCGUCACUUUAACGUUGCUUUGCUUUUGCGUUAGGUUAGGGCUGGCAGCGGGUCUGCUGUCGUUCCCAGCCUGUACCCAGCACCCAGCACCAGCCAUCACCUUCAAAUACAGAGCCCGCCCCCGGCUUUUCUCGAAGGACCUUUUUUGAGUAGGUUUCUUGCAUCUUGCAUCCUCUCACACACUCGCUCAACAACAUCUCUUUAUCUAUAUAUCGACUUAUUUAAUAUAUAAUUCCUCCCCUCGCCCAUUAUGCGUUCCGGUCUUCUUUUGCUGGUCGCCUCGGCGGCCUCCGUCGUCACGGGCUCGGUUCUCCAAAACAGAGAUGCCCCUGCCCUACCAGCUUCCGCGUUCCCUGCGCCGAAGAUGCUGUCUUUUGAAGAUGCCAAGGCAGGAAAGGAUUUGGAGGGCAAGAACCUGAACGUCACCCGUGUGUCGAUGGCCGAUUUGCUUUCCCAAGGAGCAGCAAUUCCACAAAGUGCUUCAGCAGCAUCGUGUAGCGCUUCCCCAGGCAUGAGAUUCGAAUGGCGCCAAUACUCCCAAUCAGAUCGUCUUGCUCUGGUCCAAUCUAUCAGAUGUCUGAUGAACAAGCCCCCGUCUGGGAACUUCCCCCCAGCUGCCAACAGAUACGAGGAUUUCGUCCGCCUGCAUCAGAUGUGGACCCCUAAUAUCCACGGCAACGCCAAGUUCCUCAUCUGGCACAGAUACUUUGUGUGGACAUUCGAGCAAGUGUUGCGCGCAGAGUGCGGCUUCAACCGCGCAUUCCCAUGGUGGGACGAGUCAAAGGAUGCUGGAAACUUCGCCAAGCUCGACAUGUUCUCGCAGCCAUACUUCGGGAACCUGCUACCGGCGCAGAGCAACGGUCAGGGAUGGUGUAUCAACAGCGGUGCCUUUGGAGGAAUCACCCUGCACAUUGGCCCGGGAACCAGCAACCAGAACCACUGCAUGACGCGUGCUGUCAACGAGCAGUUGACGUCGCAGUGCAACCAAGGCUACGUUGACUUGUGCAAGUCGCGUGGCACUUUCGCCGAGAUGGCAAGUUGUCUCGAGGGAGGACCUCACGCUUACGGCCACAAUGGUAUUGGAGGAGUUAUGUCUGAUGUUUAUGCCAGUGUCAGCGAUCCUACAUUCUUUAUGCAUCACCUGUUCAUCGACCACAGCUACCGCGUCUGGCAAGCCGCCGACCCCGCUCGUUACCAGACCCUCAACGGCAACGACGCACAAGGAAAGCCCCUCACAUUGGACACCGUGGUGUCGGUGGGCGGCAUCCGUCCCGAUGUCAGGGUCCGGGAUAUCAUCAACACGCUAGGAGGAACUGUCAUCGCUGGUGUUCCCUUCUGCUACAAGUACAACUACUAGGCGGUCUUUAUCACCUAGGGUGGGAGUUGUACAUUUUCAGUAGUUGAUAGAAGGAGGAACUUUGUUAUUUAGCGGUCGGAUACUUAUUAAUACCAAACAAACUAUUUCCACCGCAGUUCUAAUUCUUGAAUUAUGCUUGCCAUGUUUGAGCAUCAUACUAUACUUUCUCCCACUGCAUGAAGCUUAUCCAUUCUAUCACGCCCAGUUCAUGUUUGGGUAAUCCACGUUUGUUCAAUCUGUCCAUGUGACAAACACAGCCUCAUCCAUCAAUUCAUUAAUCAGCCCUUCAGCUCUCCCUCAACUCCUUCGCCACACAACUUGACGCCACCAGUUCAUCGAAUUCCCAACGCGAAACAGAUACCCAUGAACCCCAAUACCGCGUCAUGGCCUGAUCUUAACCUCCCAUCGAGUUUCAAACCAAUCAAUAAAAAUAAAUCCCAAUCAUCCCAUUUUUUUCCCCCCGGCAAAUAAACACCCCUGCCCUGCCUCGCACUGUACUACUACUGUUUCAGAAAUCCUAACCCAACGCAGCGCAACCCCAACCCACCCCGAAGUAUCCGUUCGCUGCAGAUUGCCUGCCUGCCCUGCCUGCUUUUCGGUACCGAGAAACCGAAUCCAUCCAUCAUCUGGAAAUCGAACAACCAAGCAUGCACGACAAAGAACAAAAAGCGGAUUCUCACAAUAUCGAAUUCCUUCUUCGUAUAUAUAGACAACAAGUAAGUAAGAUUCCACACGAUACGAGCGAUGAAGAAAGACAGGAGGAAGAGUCCGAGCAAGAGCAAGGAGGGUUCUGAAUCAAUUCCGUGUACUGUAUAUUGC